AUGAAGCACCUGGCUCUGCAUGACCCGGGCGUGCUGCAUGGAAAAACUCCGCAGGGGAACAACUGCUUCCACAUCUCCUACAUCCAUGGCCACGAGCGGUUCUGCAAAGAAAUCCAGGCGCUGAAGCUGAGCCAGCUUCUCCUUGCCGUUGUCAACGUAGAUGGUGAGACGCCGCUGCUCACCACCGUGACAAGCAGUCAUCCCUCUCUGGCUUCUGUUCUCCUCAGAUGUUGCCGUGAGCUGCAGCUGAUAGAGGCAAUCUUGAAGCAAGACAAGAACGGAUGCAACGCACUGCACCACACCAUCCACAGCGGCCACAGGGUGCUCGCGCUGGUGUGCUGA